UCCAGCUAUGUCCUUGUCAAGUUGUGUGGACUAAUCCUUGUGUCUAUUCUUUGGCUCACCUGCUAUGAAUACACAUGUGUAUUUGUGUGUCUGAUAACACACAGAAAGAUCCAUGAUGCUAUUAUUACAAUGUGACCGUGUAAAUGAUGUAAUUCUGCUAUUUUAAAUUAUUUGUCAUCAUACAUAUAUAUACAUAUAUAUAUAUAGAUAACAGCGAUUGAUAAUUCUUAAAAAUGGUAAAGGAUAGACUCGAGGACUUGAAACAAAGAUCCAAGGAAUAUUCUAAAGUUCCGCUGAAAGAGAAAAAACCUCCGAAAGUCAUGGCAGACGGUCGAGGUAUACAGAAUUUUCUACACGAUGUGGAGAAGGUGGAAACAGAAUUAAAUUUACUCAAAGAAAAAGUUGAAAAUAUGAAAAAAAUUCAGCUGACGAUUUUGAGCAGUCCAUUCGGUCAGGAUAACAAGAAACAAUAUGAAAAACUUGUGGACGUUAUUCGCAAGGAUUCGUCUAAAAUACGGAAAAGUUUAAAGAAUAUUGAAGGACAAGUCGAGGAAAAUCCUAAAGAAGAAAACUCGGCCUUAAAUCGUAUCCGCUCUGAACAAUUAAAUCGUCUAACUUUAGGGUUAGCGCAAACAAGUAAUGACUUCUUUACCGCGCAAAGUGAUUAUAUGGAAAAGAUAAAAGUGUUGGUUAGAAAACAAUGCGAUAUCGCAAACAAGGGCGAUUCCGAGUUACAAGAAAUUCUGGAUGCGGAAGGCGAUUUUAAAGUGUUCACGCAGGAUUACAUUACGGAUGUGCAGGAUGCGGAAGAACAGUUGCGUAUGAUCGAGGAACGUGAUAAGGAUAUUCAAGCAUUAGAGAAGAAUAUCUGUCAGGUUAACGAAUUAUUUAUCGAUAUGAGUGUGUUAGUUUCGGAACAAGGGGAGACGAUUGUGAAUAUUGAAAAACAAGUUCUCGAAGCCUCGUCAAAUGUUGUAGGUGGAAAGGAUCAAUUAAGACAAGCGGAAAUAAGCAGAAAAAAAAGUCGUAAAAGAUGUUGUUGCUUUAUUGGAAUCGGUAUUGUGGCUGCUUUAUUAGUUGCUGCAAUUAUUGCAGGAAUUAUUCUUUCAUAAGUUUCAAUAAAGUUUAAAAUUUAUAACUGCUUAUGAUAGGUCCCACUGUCGUACGUUGUGUUACGCUAGGAUUGUCGUUAUUGAGUCCAUUAUCGGCUACGUGCAAAUAUGUUCGGAUACGAUCAACACGAUUACUACGACUGACUUCAAUAUAUAAUAAGACAUGAUAGGAUCGCCACGAUUACUCCACGAUUAAUGCUAGGUUCCCACUGCGUUACGAUAGAUUGUCCCUAUUGAGUCCACGAUUUGGUUUGUGCAGAUACGUUCGGAUACAUUUUGAUACAAUCAAUACGAUUGCUACGACUGACCUCAAUAUAUAAUAAGACCUGAUAGGAUAACCACGAUUACUCCACGAUUGAAACCAAGAUUUUAAUCGUAGCAUGAAUCGUGAUAGUGGGAACCUAGCAUUAAAAAUACCUUUGUCAAGAUCAGUGAAGUGUUUAAUGCCAUAAUACUUUAAACAGUUCGAAACAAACAUAGCAUAAUAUAAUUAUUAUUUCAAUGUGCAAUGCAGAGUAUAUGUAUGAGGGGUGAAAGAGAGAGAAAUGGAAUUUAACGCCCACUCGACACAAACUAGGUCAUUUUGGGACUAACAUAAUUCGCAUGUGCUUAGGGGUCUUUAGGAGUGGUAGGUAGGAAACCGGAGGACCCGGAGAAAACGUACGAGGUUGGACAGGUGACUCUACUCCUUGUCACGUACAACUGGGGAAUCGAAACCAUGCCACUUGACUCACUGACAGACCUUAUGAUGCAAGGCAUACACUAACCAUUUGGCUAUCUCUCUCUCUCUCUCUCUCUCUCUCUCUCUCUCUCUCUUUCAAGGAUUCUUUUUACCUACAUUCCAAUGUCAAUUAAUGUAUGUGCUCACAUAUGAAUAUUGUACGUAAUAUCGCCUAUCACAUAAAAGCAAUAUAUAUUGAGAAAUGUUUCAUACAGUAUAUCCACAUAUGUUAUUGAAUAUUAUUAAAUACUAGAGUUGUAUGAUGAAUCAAUAAAAACUGUAUUUAUAUUUUAUUUAUAACAUAAAGUGGCUAGAUCUCUUUGAUUUGGAUAAAAAAAUAAAUUUGUCGCGAUAUAUUGAUUUGUAUUGUUCGAAGACACCUGUCUUCAUUUAAAAUUUGAUGUCUAUAGGCAAAGUCAGUGUUGAGAUCCAAUCAAUUGGUUUUUUUUAUGUUGACAAACUAAGCCAUGACGCAGUAAGACAAAAAAAUUGUUGAACAAACAAACUUGCUAUCAAUUAUGUUUUUUAUGUUGACAAACUAAGCCAUGACGCAAAUAAGACAAAAAAUCGUUGAACAAACCAACUUAAAAUUUUACUUUUUAAAACAAAAUGAAAGUAGAAUGAUAUACGGUUGGAGCAUGUCUCAUCAAUAACAAGAAAACCAGGCUGAUCAACUAAUUAAAUACUUUAUCAUGACAUACAUCAAAGAGGUUUAGUUGGGGUUAGGUGGCCAAAUUAUGAUCAUGAGGUCUGCCAUUGAAUCAACUGGCGUGGUUUCAAUUCCUCGCUUUUUACGUGACAAGGACCAAGGUCUCCUGUCCAACCUUGUUGGUUUCCUCCUACUGCUAAAGACCCCCACGCAAAAGCGAAUCAUUGAAAUAAAAUUGAACUAUAUGUUAGUCCCGAAAUGACAUAGUUUGUGUCAAGUGGGCUUCAAACCCCCUUCAAGGGGCAGAUCUCUAAAAUUAAAAAUCUACCAUACAUAUGGUUACAUUGUGAUUGUAUUAUGAUUAGCUUAUUGGAACCGCUUUCCCAGGUGUUGACCUAGAAAAUCACCCCGUUUUUCCUGCCUGGUUUCGCCUCUUGUCAGUGGUGCAGGAUGGAGAGCCUGGCAAGAAAAGGCUGUCUAGUUGUUAGGAUAGAAGGAAAAAACUUGUAUACCAUCAACAGCACGAUAAAGAUCUCCCGACAGAGAGAGAUCAAAAUGCGAGUAGACAACACCAUCAUAGCCAAAUUAGGGGAGUUGGAAGGGUGAAUGGUUAGCACGUGCGCGCGGUAUCAUAAAGUCUGUCAUUGAGUCAACUGGCGGGAUUUCGAUUCCCCGGUUGUACGUGACAAGGAGUAGGGUCGUCUGUCCAACCUCGUGGGUUUUCUCCGGGUCCUCCGGUUUCCUCCCACUGCUAAAGACCCCUAUGCGGAAGCGAAUCAUUGAAAUAAUAUUAAACCAUAUGUUAGUCCCGAAAUGACCUAGUUUGUGUCGAGGAGACAUUAAACCCCAUUUCUCUCUCUCUCAUAGUCAUAGCCAAAUUAUGUCAUGGUUGGUAAAUAUAGCCCAUGUGAAGACAUAAUAAUAAUAAUGAUAUAAUAAAAACAUUAUUUUAUGCGGCAAGUUAUUUAGUUUGCAAAAUAACUAAUCUUCCACAAGUUCCGCCGUAGCUACGAAUUAAGACAUAUAUACAUGUAACAUCAGGAUAAAUUCAAAAUGUGAAUUUUGCCUCAAGACUUAGAUGUAUUUUAUAAUGUGCAAUAAAGCCAUUGCCUGUAGGCAUCAUUAUAGAUUUAACGUUAUGUCACUGAUUAAGGUAUGGUUAUUUAUGACAAUAUUGAUCGUUUAUAAUAAAACUUAUUAGUUGGGUUCUUUCUAGUGUGACAAUAUUUAUUUGUUAAAUUAUUUCAUGCACACCGAUUUCUUACCUAAGAAAUAACCAGUUUAAGCGUGACAUAUUAUUACCAUUGGUAGAGUCAAACUACACUAUGAAAAGCUUAAUUGUUAGAGUAGCUAGC